AAAAGGAAAAUCCCCUUUCUCUCCCUCCCUUUUCCCCUUUCUUCUUCGUCUGGCCAAACACUCACCCUCUCUCUCAGCCUCAUUCCUCCGUUCUUCUCUUAACGGAAGCAAAACCAAAGCUUGCUUUCGUUGACUUCACCACCGAGCUUUCUACUGAGCAGAAGGCCAAUUUCUGUAGCGAAACCUUUUUCAGCAGCGAGAUAUCUUUAGAGAUAUUAAAAUUUUGAGCUUUGUUAUUUUGUCUUGUGGGGUACAGUUGAAUUUUUGAAGUCACAUGAGUGGCAGCAGACACAGGACCCUCGGCGGCGGGGGUCAGCAUGUACUGGACUACUUGAAGCGAAUGCAAGCUGAGAAUCCUGCUUUCUACUAUGCAGUUCAAAGUGACAGUGAUCAUUCUGGUGGGAAUAUUUUCUGGGCUGAUGCAACAGCCAGGAUGAACUACAAUUACUUUGGAGAUGCGGUUAUUUUCGACACUACCUACAGAACAAACCGCUAUAGGUUGCCAUUCACCGCCUUCACAGGGUUUAAUCAUCAUGGCCAGCCAGUGUUGUUUGGGUGUGCAUUAAUUCUUAACGAGUCCGAGUCGUCGCUCAUUUGGCUAUUCCAAACUUGGCUUCAUACUAUGUCUGGAAGAAGUCCUGCCUCUAUAACAACCGAUCCAGACAGGCUUAUACAAGUUGCUAUUUCACAGGUUCUUCCUGAAACUCGCCAUCGUUUCUGUAAGGGGGCCAUAUUCAGAGAAACCAAAGAGAAACUAGCUCAGCUGUAUCAAUCUCAGCCCACUUUUGAAACCGAGUUCAAGAAGGUUGUUAAUGACAGCGAGACAUUUAAUGAGUUUGAGUCGAGUUGGGAAUCUCUGCUCCAAAGAUACUACAUCAUGGAUAAUGAAUGGCUUCAAUCGAUGUACAAUGCUCGGCAACAGUGGGUCCCAGUUUACAUGAGAGAUACAUUUUUUGGAGAGUUAUCUGGAACUGAGGGGAGUGGAGGUUUGAAUUUCUUCUUUGAUGGGUUUAUUAGUGCCUCCACCACCAUACAAAUGUUGAUUAGACAAUACGAGAAAGCUACUGUAAGUUGGCAUGAAAUGGAACUAAAAGCAGAUUAUGACACUACCAACACUACACCAGUUCUAAAAACACCAUCUCCCAUGGAAAAACAAGCUGCAAACCUCUAUACUAGAAGAAUAUUCAAGAAGUUCCAGGAAGAAUUGGUUGAGACCCUUGCUAAUCCCGCAACCAAAAUAGAUGACUCGGGAACUGUUGCCACGUAUAGAGUGGCAAAAUUUGGAGAAGACCACAAAGCAAACGCAGUUAGUUUCGAUUCUUUUGAGAUGAAAGCUACCUGCAGCUGCCAGAUGUUUGAAUAUUCUGGAAUAAUUUGUAGGCACAUAUUAGCAGUUUUUCGUGCGAAAAAUGUUCUGACACUUCCUUCUCAAUAUGUUCUAAAACGGUGGACUAGAGAUGCCAAGACUGGAGCUGUUGUUGAAGAACGUGCUUCUGAAUUGCCUAAUACUUCUCGGGAAUCUUUAACUGUUCGGUAUAACAAUCUACGCCAGGAAGCAAUCAAAUAUGUAGAAGAAGGUGCUAAAUCUAUCCAUAUAUAUAAUGUGGCUAUGGAUGCUCUACAAGAGGCUACUAAGAAGGUUGUUGCCGUGAAGAAUCAAGUUUCUGGUACCGCACCAGGUGGUACUCUCGCCAAUGGAAGUAGCCAAGUCUUGCAUACAAAUGAAGAAAAUCAAAUGGCAGCAUACCCGUCUGUAGAGGAGAAGGAAAAGAAAAUUCGCGAGUUGUCUGCUGAGUUAGAGAGCACAAAUCAACGAUGUGAAGUAUACCGAUCAAAUUUGCUUGCCGUUCUAAGAGAUAUGGAGGAGCAGAAGUUGAAGCUUGCCGUGAAAGUUCAAAAUGCAAAGCUUAGUUUGAAAGAGUAGAUUUGCAAAUUGUGGCAUAGAUAUUUUUUUUUUAAUUACAAUUUGCCACUCUGUUUUUUCUUCUCUUACCAAGCACAUUUGCUAGGCUGGUUCCUGGGGAUUGUUGGGGUGUUGGUCUUUGGCUGGCGGGCAUAUUUGUAAAUCAAAUAGUCAAAUGCUUUGUUUUUA